CGGCGCGCGGGCCGCGGGCGCGAGCUGCCCCGCGGCGCGGCGGCGGUGUCCCGGGAGAGCCCCGCGGAGAAGGCCGCGGUCGUCGUGGGCGCGGGCCCCGCGGGCCUCGCGGCGGCGCUGCUGCUGGAGGGGCGCGGCUGGAGCGUCACGGUGGUCGAGCGGAGCGCAGACCCCACGGAGUUCGACCCCGGCAGGGGCUUCAUGUACCUCAUCGACGGGCGCGGGCAGCGGUGCCUGGAGGGCCUGGAGCCCGGCCUCCUGGAGAGGCUGCGGGCCGCCUCCGUCGAGGCCGCGGCCGCCGACAUCGGCAUCGUCUCGCCCGAGGGGCUCCGGGAGAUGGCGAACCCCAUGAAGAACGCCCUGCGCACCUCCUACUGGCUGCCGAGGAAGUGUAGGGGGGAGUACGGCGUGCACAGGGGGGACGAGCUGGAGAAU